UGUAUAUAAAACACUGUGUACCUUGGUAAAAAAAAAUUCAGGAACUUUUAAAUUUGGAAUUUUAAAGUGGCAGAAGUCACGUGCUGGAUCACGUGAUGGCGUUGAAGUUGCUAUGGGGACGUAGAUAUAAACAAACUGACAGACUUCUGUCUUAAAGAGCCUGGAAUCUAACAGCCAAAGUGUCAGAAUCCGAUUACAGAAAUGAAAGAACCAGUAGUGUAAUAUGGAAACCCUCCAGAACUAGCUCACGCUCGGUGGAAAUCUGGACUGUCACCAUUAGAAAAUAAAGAUGCCCAGGAAGGUGAAGAAGGGAGGAGCAAAGACAGAGGAGGAGAAGCUCCUGUACCUGCAGCAGAAAGCUCAGGCGGAGGAGGAGAUGACCAAGAAGAAGGAGGAGAUCCUCACUCUGUUCCUAAAGGACAAGCUGCAGAAGGAGGAGCGAAACACUGUCGUGAACCUGUUGAAGCUCAACGAAGGUUGGAGGUCCAUCCUACGUCAGACUCGAGCAAAUGACCUCCGUAAAGACAUCGACGUGGUCAGGCAGACCUUUGAGAGACAGCUCGAUGGCCUGGAUGAUGUCAUCAAGAGUUUGGGGCAGGAACUUAAGGAGGGGGAGCGUCAGUGGGUUCAGGCAAGGCGUGUUCACCUCCAGCAUGUGGAGCGUCUGCGGGCAGCGCAGGAGAAACAUGUGAAGGAGCUGCUGGAGCAGAGGGAAAACAACAUGGAAAACCUGAGACUGUCGUUCAAUAACGAGAGGAAACAAAUGCUGACGUACAGAGAGCAGCAGCUAGCCAAACUGGAGGACGCAGAGUUCACGCUGGAGCAGCGACACAAGCACCUGAUGAGUGACAUCAUCAGAGUGUACAGCGAGAGCCUUGCUGCGUACGAGAGCGCCCACGACGACCAGAUGGCUGCUCUGCUCCUGGAAGAAAAGGUCGCAUUGGCCGAGAGGAGUCAGAAGAACCAGGAAGUCCUGGUGCUUCACCAGGAGGAAGCUAAAGAACUGGAGGAUCUGGUUCAGAAGAAGCAGCGAAUCAUCCAAAAGACAGAGGAAAAAAUGAAGACGGCAAAGAAACUGCAGGUGACUGCAGCCCAACAGCAGCAAAAACUGAAAUCCAGCGAAACAGAAAACGAGUUGUUAGAACGAGAUCUGACAAAAGCCAUUGAUGACGUCAAGCAGAAAACUCGGAAACUUCGUGAUAAGAUGACUGGAGGUCAGUUGAGGGUCAGAACAGGCCUCCGCGACCUCACUGUCCAGAGCGACAGCGCUGCCAAGAGGCUGCAGGCUGCCAUUAAUAAGGGUGAGAGGGUUUUACGUGUCGGAGAAUUAUGUCACAAACUAAACGGCGUCAUCGCACCGUUGCCCUGCUCUACAGAUGAUCGCAAACCAGGGACACAUGAGGACCAGGCAGAGGAGACGUCUGCGUUUCCUGAGCUGCAUCAUUUAACACGCAAUAUUAAUGUUGCCGUGUUGCACUGUGACGCUGCUAAGAGAGACAGAGAACAUCUGCGCAGAGAGAACGUCCAACUACGGCUCCUGCUGCGUCAGCGACUGGACGCCAUGACGGUCAGUGACCACGCCCUGGAUGGAGGCCCCGGCCUCCUCUCCAUACACCAGGCUCCCACCAUGAGGACACCACAGAGCACUGGCCAACGUCAAACUGUGAUCGAAGCUGUUCACGCCAUAAAGAACUCACUUUAACAGGAUGUCAGUGAAGGUGACGAAACACCUCAUGAACCAGUCACUCCUACACCAAACUCCAUACAGAAAAUAAGUCGUUUUAACUCACAGUGACAUUAAGGCUGCCUCGUGUGGUCAUUUUGUGAUGACUAUUUUAUUUGUUUGAAUUUUAAAAUUCAACGUUCUGUUCUGAUUACU